UAUGAAUGCACUGAGCAUGAAAUUGGCAUCCCAUGGUGGCUCAACAAUUAAGAGGACUGUUUGGAAUUUAAUUCCAAUGGUGAUUGGCACCAAUAUAGAAAAAAAAAUAAAUUGGUCAGGAGCUAACAAUAAGCUUGCUUUGAAAACAAUGCCUUUAAAAAAAGUUUUAUUGGAUGCUGUUAAAAUAAAUCCUUCGACUUCAGGAGCAGUGUCUGAAGAGGUUGAACGUUGGAUAAAAAGAUACUUUCAACUCUCCGGUGAUCGAAAUGGCGGCCGUAAAGCUCGGGAAGAUCUUAAAAAUUCGUUGCAAAAAUAAAUAUUUGAUUCAUUCAACGUUUUUGUUUUUAUUAUUUCAUUAUUAAUUAAAACACUUUUGGUUUACAAUAAAUUUCAAAUAUACUUA